GAAUGCAUGCCGAUCGUUCAUAUGUGGCGUUGUUUUGCUCAUUUGAAUAGCAUGUAGAAGAUAUUUAGGGAAGUGGAAAUAGUAUUAAUCACACUCGUGAUGCAUGACUACUGAGUCGUUUGUCACUUUCACCAGGUGUAGAAUAUGUCUCGAAAAAAAGAUCCAUGUCAGAAGCAAGCCUGUGAAAUUCAGAAAUGCUUAAAAGAGAAUAAAUACAUGGAAAGCCGCUGCGAAGACGUGAUCCGAGAGAUGCGGCACUGCUGCCAGCAACACGCUGCGGAGAAGUCGGUCUGUUGCUCGGGAUUCCGGAAGAAGAACAAGACCGCGGAAAACAAUGAGGUCCUUUCCUCCUCCUACCCAGUGUCUGCCUGUUUAUGAAGUUUGUCUUGCCUACCGUAAAAUAAAUAUAUUAAGGACAACAAAUGAAA